UCUCUCUCUCUCUCUCUCUCUCUCUCUCUCUCUCUCUCUCUCGACCUCUGUUAACUUUUUUCACGAGAGCACCAUGCCUGCUCUACCAGAAGAACCCAUGUCUGCUCUGCCAGAAGAACCCCUUCUUGCUUCGAACCCUGAUCGAUUUUGCAUGUUUCCCAUAAAAUAUCCCCAAAUUUGGGAGAUGUAUAAGAAAGCAGAGGCCUCUUUCUGGACUGCUGAAGAGGUCGAUCUCUCUCAAGACCUUCAGCACUGGGAUUCUCUCACUUCUGGGGAAAAACACUUCAUAACCCAUGUCCUUGCUUUCUUUGCAGCUUCUGAUGGUAUAGUCCUUGAAAACCUUGCGGGUCGAUUCAUGAAGGAGGUUCAAGUUGCAGAGGCUAGGGCUUUCUAUGGCUUCCAGAUCGCCAUUGAAAACAUCCACUCUGAGAUGUACAGCCUCUUGCUUGAAUCUUACAUCAAGGAUUCCAGUGAGAAGAGUCGAUUGUUCAGGGCUGUUGAAACGGUUCCCUGUGUUGCCAAAAAAGCAGACUGGGCGCUAAAAUGGAUCAAUUCCUCUGAAUCUUUUGCAGAGAGGUUGAUUGCUUUUGCCUGUGUUGAAGGUAUCUUCUUUUCUGGUAGUUUUUGUUCCAUAUUUUGGCUAAAAAAAAGGGGUUUAAUGCCUGGUUUAACCUUCUCUAAUGAACUCAUUUCAAGAGAUGAAGGUUUACACUGUGAUUUUGCUUGCCUUCUCUAUGAUCUUCUAAACCACAAGCUCCCUCAACAAAGCGUUCAAAAUAUAGUAAGGGAAUCUGUAGAGAUAGAGAGAGAAUUUGUUUGUGAUGCCUUGCCCUGUGCUCUAGUGGGAAUGAACGGCAAUCUGAUGAGCCAGUACAUCGAAUUUGUGGCUGAUAGGCUGUUGAAUGCUUUGGGGUGUGAUAAAAUCUAUGGGGUUCAAAACCCAUUUGAUUGGAUGGAACUCAUUUCACUGCAGGGGAAGACUAAUUUCUUUGAGAAGAGGGUUGGAGAAUACCAAAAGGCUUCAGUGAUGAACAGUAUUAAUGGAGAUGGGAAGAAUCAUGUGUUUAGGUUGGAUGAGGACUUCUGAAGUUAUUCCUUGUAACAUAGAGAUUUCAGGGUGUUUUUUUCUUCUCUCUCUCUCUCUCUCUCGCUAGAUUUCAGGGUUCUCUUUCUUCCUCUCUAUCUUUAUCUCUCUCAGAAUGGGCGUAUUUGGUGUAAUAUGGUUCUUGAUGAAUGGAUCAGUAAAAGGAUUUAUUUCUUCUC